AUGAUAAUAAUUAAUAAGAUCUCUGCUUUAACAUUUUUUAAAUCAACUGAAGUUCAUCAAGGAUAUGAUGAGCUUUAUUUAUUAUUACCACCAAUAUUCCAGCCUCUUAUGGAUUAUUUUGAAGACAUAUAUGUGGGACGGCGGCGUCCCAAUGGACGUGCAACACCAAAAUGUCUAGUCGAACUAUGGAAUAUCUAUCAAGGAACUCUUGAUGAUUCAAUGCGCACCAACAAUCUGGCUGAAUCUUGGCAUAGAAGAUUCAGUUCUGUUGUUCAAUUUCAACAUCCAUCACUGUGGAUUUUUAUUCAGAGUCUCAAAAAAGGAGAAGAAAAUUAUAUUCAUUGUCAAAUGGUAAAAGCCAAUGCUGGCAAUACAACACUUCAAAAGAAGAAGUAUUUGGAUUAUAGUAAACGUCUGAAGAACUUAUUACUAUCUCCACAGACAACGCUUCUUAUAGACAAAUUGAAGGAAUUGCGUUCAGUUUGUAAUUGUAUUGCAUUUCUUUUUUUAACAAUGAGUGAUAUAGAACAGAGAAUGAUAUUCGAAUUCUUACCCAAUGAAAUUCUUAUUGAAUGCUUUACAUAUUUGAAUGCAUUCGAUCUGUUUUAUUCAUUUGAUGAGUUAAACUCUCGUUUGAAUAAUCUUAUUCGUAAUGUUCGACUUUGCAUUAACUUCGAAGAUGUUAAUAAAACACUAUUUGAUAAAUUUUGUGCAAAAAUGCUGAUCGAUACAAAUAUUCAAAAUCAAAUUCAUUCAAUCGAAAUAUUAAAUGAUGAUCAAUGUUUUCAAUGCAAUCUAUUUCUCUCAUCUUUUCCACCAAAUAAAUUUCCAAAUCUUCAGAGAUUUAUAUGGACACCUCCAUUAUUAUCGCAUGACGAAUAUUCUAUCGAAUAUCAAAAUUCAUAUCUUAAUCAAUCAGAAGAGAAUAUACAUCUUAUAAUCAAACAAAGUGAUCUACCAUUAUCUCAACUACGGGCAUUGGCUACAUCAGAUAUAGCUCCGUUUAUAUCAAAUAUUCAUCAAAAUUCAAUAAUUAAGAAUUUAAAAUUUCGACGUUUCAUUUAA